AUGAUAAACUCAGGAAAAUCAAUAUUGAUCGGGUGCCUAGUGGGGAUUAUUUCCUUGGCUACCCAGUCAAUUGGACUAACUCUACAACGGAAGUCACAUCUUCUAGAAGACGCUAAGCCGUCAUCGGAACAUCAUAGGCCUCCAUAUAGACGUCGACUUUGGAGACUUGGCUGCUUUCUUUUCAUCAUGUCCAAUGUGGUUGGCUCUAGUAUCCAGAUAUCUACAUUGCCUUUGAUAGUCUUGAGUCCCUUGCAGGCUGUGGGAUUAGUGUUUAACUCAAUAUGUGGGUCUUUAAUUUUGCAAGAAGUGUUUACAAAGUUCACUUUCAGAGGAACAUUGCUUGUUAGUAUCGGAGCUUUCUUCAUUGCUUAUUUUGGAUCAAUUCCUGAACCAAACCAUAAUUUAGAGGAGUUGUUGCUUUUAUUGAAUAGAAGACCGUUUCUUAUUUGGUUUUAUUUUUCUAUAGGGUUGUUGGUGUCUAUUCUUUUAUAUAUUACUUUUCUUGGCCAUAUCGGAGAAUGUGAUAUAGAAGAAUCUGCAUCAUCAUGUGGUGGUUACAACUCAAUAAAUAGUGCCAAUAAUCACGGUUGUGUACAAGAAACAGAACAGGUCAGCUCAUGUUCAGAUUAUGCUUCGAGCGAGACCGACCCAUUACUACCAACUGUGGCCACCAAAGGUUCAAAUUCCUGUGCUACUAGAUCUUUUUCUACCAUUUGUCUAAAACUCAAGAACACCCGGAAUUUUUCUUCAAUUCUUUCCUUGGCGAACUGCAUUAAGGUGGACAAUGUGCUAUUUGUUAAAGGUACUUUAUAUGGGGUAGUUUGUGGUAUUUUGUCAGCUCACGCCUUGCUAUUAGCAAAAUCAGCGGUUGAACUUGUGAUAAUUGCCAUUACUGAACAUACUUUAGAAGACCUUAAAAGUUACCAAUCUUGGCUAAUCAUUUCUGGCUGGAUCUUUUGUGCUAUUAUGCAAGUGUACUACUUGAAUUUAGGUUUAAAGAUUAUUUCAAGCUCAAUAAUGUUCCCUUUGAUUUUUUGUGUGUAUAACAUGAUAAAUAUCUUGAAUGGGUUAAUUUAUUUUGACCAGCUCAACAAAUUGACCAUGUUAGAAAUCGGGUUGAUUAUUACUGGGGUUUGUUUCAUUUUAUGCGGUGUUUUCUACUUGAGUAUCAACGAUAUCAUGAAUGGUAAGGAUGGAGAAGUAGGAGAUAUUGUCACAGACUCUCAUUCAAACGUCCCAAGAGUUGUUGUUGAGCAACAAUCUCUCGAAGAAUCAGAGUCCCAGGAUAUCUUUCCUGUGGAUUCUAACUUGCAGAGCUUCUUAAUAAAUACUAAGACCACAGCUUAUGAUAACAAGCAUGUUAGACCAUUGAUAAACACUCCAACACUGACAUUUUCAAGAGCUCAUUCAGUCUACACCAAUUCUUCCAUGAAUCCUAUACUUUCCGAGAGCUUUGAUGGAAACAAAUUUCCUACUGAUGAUAAUAAAAGCCAUUCCUAA